GUAAACCAUAGAAGAAGAAGAAGCUACGUGACUGACGUACUAUCUUUUGCCAAGUGAACCUCUUCGUUGUUGUUGUGCUCGUCUACUUUUUUGAGCUCUAAACAGUAGAUUUUUUUGAGUAACUGCGGCUGUGCUGUCAAAAGCCUUGGGAAAAAAGCGCGGAGGGGAAACAUUUCAGCGCCAUCAUGAGAGGAGGGUCCUCUUAUGGAGACAGGGACAGAGAUCGCGGUCGAGACAGGCCGCGGUUUGGUGGAGGCAUGGGCAGCCGCAAUGGACCCCCACCUAUGAAGUUUGGCAAUCCAGGAGAACGCCUGCGCAAAAAAAGAUGGAACCUGGAUGAGCUGCCCAAGUUUGAGAAGAACUUCUACACCGAACACCCAGAGGUGCAGCACGUCAGUCAGUUUGAGGUGGAGGAGUUCCGCAGGAAGAAGGAGAUCACCAUCAGAGGCUCGGGCUGUCCCAAACCCGUCACAGCUUUUCAUCAAGCCCAUUUUCCGCAGUAUGUGAUGGAUGUGCUGAUGCAGCAAAACUUCAAGGAACCCACGGCGAUCCAAUCCCAGGGUUUCCCUGUGGCGCUGAGUGGCAAAGAUAUGGUGGGAAUUGCUCAGACCGGCUCUGGGAAGACACUGGCUUACCUCCUUCCUGCUAUUGUCCACAUCAACCACCAGCCCUAUCUGGAAAGAGGGGAUGGGCCUAUAUGUCUGGUGCUCGCUCCAACCAGAGAAUUGGCCCAGCAGGUCCAGCAGGUGGCUUACGAGUACGGCAAGUCGUCCCGCAUCAAAAGCACCUGUGUCUACGGCGGAGCCCCAAAAGGACCUCAGAUUCGAGACCUGGAGAGAGGUGUUGAAAUCUGCAUCGCCACACCUGGCCGUCUCAUCGACUUCCUGGAGGCGGGGAAAACCAACUUACGCCGCUGCACCUACUUGGUGCUCGAUGAGGCAGAUCGCAUGCUGGACAUGGGCUUUGAGCCACAGAUUCGCAAGAUAGUCGAACAAAUCAGGCCGGACAGACAGACUCUGAUGUGGAGCGCAACGUGGCCUAAGGAGGUCCGGCAGCUUGCUGAGGACUUCUUGAGGGAAUAUAUUCAGAUUAACAUCGGCGCUCUGGAGCUCAGCGCCAACCACAACAUCCUACAGAUUGUCGAUGUUUGCAUGGAGAAUGAAAAGGACAACAAACUCAUUCAGCUGAUGGAGGAGAUCAUGGCUGAGAAGGAGAACAAAACCAUCAUCUUUGUGGAGACAAAGAAACGGUGUGACGAUCUCACCCGGAAAAUGAGGCGUGAUGGAUGGCCAGCCAUGUGCAUUCACGGAGACAAAAGCCAACCAGAAAGAGACUGGGUGCUGACAGAGUUUCGGAGCGGCAAAGCCCCCAUUCUGAUCGCGACAGACGUGGCCUCUCGGGGGCUGGAUGUGGAAGACGUCAAGUUUGUCAUCAACUACGACUAUCCCAACUCCUCCGAGGACUACGUCCAUCGGAUCGGCCGAACAGCCCGCAGCACCAACAAGGGCACGGCCUACACCUUCUUCACCCCGGGAAACCUGCGCCAGGCCCGGGACCUUGUCCGGGUUCUGGAGGAGGCCCGCCAAGCCAUCAAUCCUAAACUGCUUCAGCUGGUGGACUCAGGCCGUGGAGGAGGAGGGGGCGGUGGGAGGAUGCGUUACCGCGGCAGCAGCUCCAACAACCCAAAUCUGAUGUACCAGGACGAGUGUGACCGCCGCAUGCGCUCCGGCGGAGGGGGCAAGGACGGCCGCGGCGGCUUCGGUCGGGAUAACCGCAACAACCGGGAUGCUGACCGCGGCUCGUCUUACAGGGACCGAGACCGAGAUAACCGGAACAGCUUCAACUCGGGGGCUCCCGAUCAGUAUCAGAGUUACAACAACAGUGGGGGUUAUAACUCCAGGCCCGGAGGCCCCACAGGGGGUGGAGGAGGCGGUCAGCAACAGCCUAACCCGCCGCCAGGGCAGUUUGGCCAGGCCCCUCCUCCGGCCCUCCCCCCUCAGCCUCUGAUGGCUCAGCCGUUUGUCCAACCCCCACAGCCCCCGCUCAUGGGCUUCAUGGGGCAGCAGCCGUACCCGUUUUCCUCCCCGCCGCCUCCCCCAGGCGCUCCGGUCCCCCUACCCCCACAGAAAUGAUGGCAGCACAGAGUUCAUGUUCUCAGUUUUUACUGUCCUAAACUCCGAAGUUUUUUUCUGAGGGAGGGACUCCUGGUUUGAUUUGGUCUAAAACAGAAAUCAUGGAGGGGGGAGUGUUUUAUAUCCAUAUUGAGGAAGUUCAAUCCAGAGGAAAGUUUAAGCUCACAUUCCAGUUGCUUGUCUUUAUCAAACCACUUUCAGCGUUUUAGUUUUGAGUCGUUUCUCCAGUUUUGUCAGUAUUUUAGUGCUUUUUGAUCCAGUUUUUAAAUGUAGACGAUAAUUGUAGUGUCAUUUUCUUAUGCAUGCUUCUAGCUCUUUCUAUAGCGUAGCAAGUAACAACGUAAGUAUUAGCUAUUUUUUUUGUCACUUGGUGUUUUUUUUUUAAUAAAUGAAAAACAUUUCAUUUGA